AUGAGGCCUAUUUCCUCUUUGGCAGAAGAAAAUUAAGUUAGAAACCUUAGAAUGUUCUCUUAAUCUAAAGGUUGUGCAAUAACGACCAACUAACCUCAAAGAAUAGAAUUACCAUGUUUUUUUAACACUCCAGCCAGAUUUAAGAGCAUGAAUAAAAAUAAAGUUCAAUUGUCAGAAAAACAAAACGAUCCUAAAAGUCUUUAGACUCCUGAAUUAUGUAUUUAUCUACAAUCUCAAAGAAGAUUGAAAGAUUAUGAAAUGCUGGCUUUUGCAUGUAAAAGAGCUGGCAAGAUCAAAGAUGAAGGAAGGGCGUAUUAUAGUAUGGGAGUGCUUUUGGACAAUAUGGGUAAAUGGAGUUAAGCUAUAUAAUAAUAUGAGAGAUUUCUAAAAAUAUGCAUUAAAUUAAAUGAUUAGCAUGGAUGUGGUUUAGCUUACAAUUGUAUAGGAGUAGACUAUCAAUUUAUGGCUGAAACAAAUCCAAAGUUUAUUGAAAAAGCAAUUGAAUUCCAUAAAAAACAUGAAGAAGUUUCAGAUAGUAAUGGUAAAUUCUUGGCAUCAAUAAAUAUGGGUCUAUGUUAUGAUGCCGAUUCUUAGUUAUCUAUGUUCUACUUUUAGUAAGCUCUCAAACACGCAAUAAACAUGUCUAGCAAAUUAGGAUAAACAAUUGCAAUUGCUAAUAUUGGAAGGAUAGGACAAAAAGGUUUAUAUGAUAAUGCUGAAAAAAUGAAAUUAUUCAUAGAGAAGUUUCUCUAAUUGGCAAGUGAGUUAAAAGAUAAAGAAAGUAUCAUAAAAGGACAUAUGAAACUAGGGGCAGUGUCUGCUUAAUUGGGAUCAUAUACGGAAGGAAAGAAUAGCUUUUUGAAGGCCCUGGAAAUGGUUGAGAAUGAUCGUUACUUAUAUUAAGAGGCAAAAUGCGGAUUUGCUAUUUCGAAUGCUGAAAUGAAUAUGGAUUAAUACCUAAGAGAAUAGGCUUAAUUAUUAAAACAGUGA